AUGCAAAUUAAAAAUAAAAUAUAUAACUUAUCAAUAAAUGCUUAUAUAUUUUAUAUACUAUUCAAUUUAAAUUAUCUUUUCUGUUUUGGACAUUCAGUAGUUAUUAAUAAAAAUGAAGCAAACAGAAUAAACUCUCAAAAUUUUUUUUUUGUAAAAUCCCUAAUUAAAAAAGAUCUAUUUAAAAAUCGAAGUUUCCAAAAACAUGUAAAUGCUUCAAAGUUUUCCUUAAACACCCAAAAAAGACACAAAGAAGCAUUAGCUAUAAAAAAAUACAGUAUGACUGGAACUUCAUCAGCAAAAAGGCAUCAUGGAAUAAAAGGAAAAAAGAGAAUAAGCAAAGUAACCCUAAUGCCAUAUAAAGAUAUUAAGCUACCAGCAAGAAGGUGCCCCAUAUUAGGAAAAAUGGACAAUAGAAAUGCUCGAAAAAUAUCCAAAUCCGGAAUAAAAACUCAUAGAAUACAACGAGUAAAUUUUGUAAAGAGACGAAUUUAUUUUGAAGAAGAAGAUCGUUUUGUUAAAUUAAGAGUUAGUGCACGAGGAUUAAAAACUAUUAAAAAAUAUGGAUUAGCAUAUUGUGCCAAAAAAUUUAAUUUAGACUUAAAUAAAAAGAAAUAUGAUGCUGGACAUUCUCCACGAAAAAAAAAAAAAAAAAUUAAUGACGCCGAUACUUUUUCACCACCAAAUAAUAUGAUAAAGGAACCCCAAACUUCAAACCCUGAAGAUGAAAAUGCUAUAAUAGAAAAAUUAAAAUUGAAUACUCAAAAUAAAUAA